UGUGGGCACGGCCAUGGCCUGGCACGCGGGGGGCGCUUGGUGGCUUAGUGGCCUCCUGCUCUUCGCGCUGCUGGCAGCAGGUGUCUCCCCGCUCAACUGGGAUCUUCCGGAAUCCCGGGGCCGAACAAGCAAGAUCCGAGUGCACCCGCGGGGCAACCUCUGGGCCACCGGUCACUUCAUGGGGAAGAAGAGUCUGGAGUCCCCCAGAGCAUUCCCGUUGGGGACAACUCCCCAUACCUCCCUGAGGGACCAGAGACUGCAGCUGAGUCAUGAUCUGCUCAGGAUCCUACGGAUAAAGAAAGCUCUGAGCAUGAGCUUCAGCAGCCCAGCACCCCAAACCCAGUACAGGAGGCUGCUGGUGCAGAUACUGCAGAAGUGAUGCCAGUAAUGGGGCAGACACAACAUGGCUUAGAUUGUGCCCACCCAGGCAAGUUGCUGAAUGGAACCCUAGUGGUGGCCCCAUCUGGAUGUAAAUCCUGAGCUUGAAUCUGUUAUUCCAUUACUGUGAUUUCCGUUUGGUUCGCCAGAAAUAUUGCAGUUGCAAACACAACCUAUGUUCCUGCUGUUUUUCUUGCUUCUCUGAUGAAGUUGUGAAUAAAACCCUGCUGUUUAUAUA